AUGGUGGACACAAGUUAUCUUGCGCAGCAGGUUAAUAAUAGUAUUGCCCAGCUGCACGGUCUCUUCGAUGAGAUCGGUGUCCCUGAUCAUGAGCGCGAAGCUCGAGAAUCUGAGCUGUUCUCAGCAUUGUCUGAAGCACUCAAUAGCCAAGUGCGACUAGUCAAUUCAGAAAAGAAGGAGAUGGUCGACGAGGCAAAGAAGAUCAUUACUAUGAUUCACCAAAUGGAAGCAUCUCUGGACGACUCAAAACGUCGCCGCGACUAUGAAGACGACGAUGACUUGACCAUCACAUACCCUCUCACACAAUGCCUCCAACAACUGAAGGAGAAGCAUAUACAAAUCAGUCGCCUCCAUAAGGAGCGCUUCGAGCAAGUCAAGAAACUCGUCAUGGCCCUCGAAUCCUAUUCAUCUCACCUCGAGCCCACAUUCGUCCAAAUCCCCUUACCGCCCACAGGGCCUAACCAGUCCAUCCCUCCCAACUUUGACCUUUCUUCCACCUACGUUGACAAGCUCGACAACGAGUUCACCCGAGUUUAUGAGGAGUAUUCUCGUCGCAUCGCUACUGUUCAAGCCCUUGCCGACCAGACGAUUGGCCUCUGGGCUGAGCUUGGCAUUCCCCAAGCGCAACAAGAUGGCGCUAUCGUCAAGUACUAUCGCGAUGCUCCUGAGCAACUUGGCCUCCAUGAGGAGGACAUCAACCGACUCCGCUCCAAGCGCGACAGACUCUCAGAUGAGAAGAAGAACCGUGAGAAGAAACUCAAGGAGCUAAGAUCUUCCGUCGAAGCUCUAUGGAUCAAGCUCGGUGUUGACGAGAGCGAGACCAAGCCAUUCCUUAAUGCGAACCGUGGCUGCGGUGUGCGACAGAUCAAUGAAUUUGAGGACGAGCUCGCGCGAUUGAACGAGCUCAAGCGUCAAAACCUCCACCUUUUCGUCGAAGAUUCCCGCAUCAAGCUUCAAGAACUCUGGGAUGCGUUAUACUUUUGCGAGGAUGAGAUGCUUGAGUUCACACCUGCCUUUUCCGACGUCUAUAGUGACGCUCUUCUGGAGGCUCAUGAGCGAGAAAUUGCCCGAUUGGAAGCCCUCAAGGAACAGCGGGCGCCUACGCUGGCACUCAUUGAUAGACACAAGAGUUUGAUUCAGGAGCGCGAUGAUCUCGCUGCCUCCAGUCAGGAUGCAUCGCGACUCAUGGCACGCGGUCAGAAAGGUGAGAAGCGAGAUCCUGGCAAACUGCUCCGCGAGGAGAAGAUGCGAAAGCGUAUCGCCAAAGAACUCCCUAAGAUCACUGCCGAUCUACGCAAGAUACUUUCUAAAUGGGAAGACGAAUAUGGGCGACCUUUCCUCGUGUAUGGUGAGAGUUACUUGGAUGAAAUUGAGGCUUCUGAUGGACCAAAGAAGGGCGCACUACCGCCCCGUUCUAAGACACCCGCCGGUCCACCUCCCUCAACCAUCAAACCACCCAAGUCUGUGCCAAACCGAGCUGCCACCAAGUCUGCUCCUCCUCGAUCAAUGACCAAAACCCCUACAUCUGGCAUGCCUCCCAAGCGACCUGGACACCAAGCUACGGGUUCCAUUUCUAGUAUACCUGGAAGCCCCGCAAGGAGUCCAUCGCGAAUCCCUGCUCGAGUUCCGCUAUCAAACAUGAAGCACGGAAACAACUCUCCCGAACGGCCACGUGCUGAAUCGCGAGCUGAUACCUUCCGACCUGGCCCUCCUUUGAUGCGAGCACCUCCUCCCAAGAUGCGUGACUUGAUGGCUAGGGGUGAUCUUGAAGCUCCUAUGAAUCCCUACAAAUCCGUGGGCCUCGCCUCUAGCAUUGUUCGCCAUGUUGAGCCUGAGGAUGUGUAUGAUGAUCGUCCUCGAACAGCGCGAUCCAACUCCAACAAUUCUCAGUAUAGCAGCCAUCCGAGCAACAAUUCCCAGUUCAGUCACCCAAGCAACAACUCUCAAUACUAUAGCGAAGAGAGCUUCCAUGACCCAUAUUCCACCAUCCGCUCACAAGGCUAUCGUCCGAUGGCUCCACCAAGACAGAUCUCUGGCAACUCAAUGGCAUCAACCAACAUCUCUGGAUCUGAAAACUGGGAGACAUACGACGAUAACAGCGAGCCUGAGCUUGAUGUUUCCGAUGCUUACUACGCCAAGUUAAGGGCGACUCGCAAUAAGCGGUUCUCACCUGAGCCAGGCCGACCCACAAGCAGCCAAUCUAAGCGCAUACGCGGAAUACCCCCUACAGCAUCAUAUAAUGGGCCAGUGAUGAUUGAUCAAGAUGGCAACCGCAUCAUUUCAGGCAGUGAAUGGACAGACGAGGAUGCCUACUGA